GAGUAAACUAAGUUGGCCGUUUCUCUCUUCAUCCACAUUGUCAAUCCGGACAUUUUCGUUACCUGCGUUCAACGCCUUGUUCCACCUUGUUCGAAUCAGCCCUGCCACUCAUUUGAGCAUCGUCCCCUCCAUCGCGUGCGCCAUUCGCCCGAUAGCUCACCGUUCCUUGCCGAGUCUGCGGAGCAGGCAAGUCCUCCUAUUCCCCCGGCUCGCUGUACGCACCAUAGAUCUCAAGUGGCGAAGGCGCCGACACUGUGGUAAUUGUAGUGUCUGUCUUUCGGGAAAAGUUGGAUUCAACAUUCGCAAAGCACGAGUUGUUCUCUCACGAAUCAUAUCGGAGAUUUGUUCUCCGCCAUCUCUGCGCGCAGAGAGCGGAGAAUCGACGUUCACUUAAGGGGCCUUCCAAUUCCUGACAGCCACCAUGCCCUGCUUCAAAGGUCUUGCUGUGAGCAUACACACUCCCAAUGGGCCUUUGCCAGAAUACUCUGUACAGAGAACCUCCCGUCUCUCAAGAAUCAGUGCCUACAUCCCUGUGCCGCCUGCGCAAAUCCCUGCCGACUCUCUGACGGGAAAACCCGAACAAUCGACCUUCGCCAUCUCCAUCACCCUCCUCACCCCUGGCCAGGAAGUGCCCUACUCCACGCCAAAGCCUACCUCGGAUAAUCCUAGUCCAAAACCUAAACUGGUCGGAGGCCUUCCAGGUCACACAAGCGAACGAGGAAAGUACACAAGCUCUGUUGGGCCUUAUGUCCCCUUGACAACCUCGCCGAAUGAAACCAUCGCAGCCUACAUCUACUUUGAUGGCCGAGCCAAAGAGGAAGUUGCAACACUGCUGAGAAAGGGUGAAGAGACCUGGGUGAAUUCUCGGUGGGUCAGUGUCCCUGAGAAAGAAGGAGGCGGUCUUGCAGAACGAGAGUUUUUGUUUCGUGAGGUGGGUCUUGAGCGAUGGUUGAAUGGUCUAGAUCUCGACGGAAAAGAUGCCGCAGCAACCAUCGAGAGACGCAGACAGAAACUGGAGAAGAGACGUCGAAAGCGGAAGGAGACUACAGGGAGUGAAGAUGACGCCAAUGGAGUCUCGAAGAAGGAUAGAAGAAAGAACACCAUGCGCUACGGGGAGGACGGUGAACUGAAAGACGUUUCGGAUGACGAGGGCUCUGCAAGUGAGAGUGGUUCAUCGGAAGAUGAUGACGACCCAAUACCAGAAGCAGCGGGCCAGAUCAAGGUUGCCCUGUUCCGAGUGUUAGCCUCUGGAGAGAUCAAGCGCGGAGAGUAUUCGCCUCAGUUUGAUGCCCACGAUGAUUCGGAGGGCUCAGACGCCGGAGAAGGUGCUGGCAACGGAGAGGGCAAGAACCGAGCAGAUGUUGACCACACCACUAGUUUUGCCAAACCCAAGACCUUGGAUCCCAAAACCAUCUCAACACAGACGGUGACUGGUAUUGACGCUACUGACAAACCAUAUGCGGUUUUCACAUUUCUUUAUCGAGGAGAGCGGCAGUUGCAGAAGAUGGGCAUCCUUGCUGGACCCAAGUCUGACAAGGCAGCGGCAAAUGCGAAGAGACGUAGCAUAGCGGCCGAGCUACCAAAACUUGGACCUCUGAAGAAAGAAGGAACUGCUGGCUUUUCAAACUUUCGCGACUCGGAACGUCGACGGAGCCGAAAAGGCAAAGGAACAAGCGACGACGAGAUGGAGAGUGAGAGUGACGAUGACGGUGCUGGCAUCAUUGGCAAAAUGGAGGACAUCAACGAUGCCGAUGCGAAGAGGGAUCCGAGCAUGCUUACUCCGGAAGAUGCUGAGCGGACGGGCCAAGUUGCAGAGGGCAUCCGGAAAAUGAAGCUCAAGCGACAGCAUUCGGCGGAACCGCUGAAUAGCAACGGUACAACGGAACCUCGCAAAAGCUCGAAAUCCGGUAGCCCUUCGGGUAGUUCGACGCCUAAGGCUGGUGCUGUUGAGCUUGGGACAUCCCCCGCGGGCACGACUAUCGGAUCGACGGGGUUGAGCAGCAGCCUGGACAUCACAAAGGACGACGAGAGUUUCAUGGUCGGCAGUCCGAUGAAGCGACACCGGGCUAGUAUUGCGGAUUUUGAUGAAGACAUCAAAAAGCGAUUAGGUGGCAGCAUGUCCGCUUCUUCGGGCACUAUUGGCGAGGUUCUAGGGACUUCGGGACUGUCUCAACCGACUGCAACUAGUUCAAAUCCUUCUGGCCUGCAAUUUGGGGGCCCACUGGUCAAAGAACCGGCCGCUGGCGACGACGAAGAACUCUGAGAGGGCUCCCAGAGGCCCACACAGGCACGAUGCUGCCGCUUGACUGUGGGAACUGAAUCUCGUCCACAGCUUCUGAAGAAUGGUACCUCCAUGGGCCAGACAUUCUUCAGAAAUACUGUCUACCAGUACUAUGCCACGUUAAGGAGAAGACAGGAAUCGAGGCAGCCCACGGCGUCUUCUGUCGGCAUUCGGAUUGGAAAUUCAACUCUUCCACCUUUCUUUUGUCUAGACAUCGCAGAAUUUGGAGCCAGGAUGAUCAGCCAGGGAUUGAAGAUACACGUAAGCGAGGUUUGGCCGUCGAAUAUUUUGAUUAAUUGUGCGAACCAAACAUCUGCCCCAAUGGCCUGUGCAUGGGGAAUGCAAUGCGGGAUGUGAUGCGCAAAACGGAUGCCUCGGAGAAGCUGCAAGCAUGGUGUGCAUGGUGAGGAAGGGACAGGGGCAUGUGGGAGUCUCCAGGGCUGCUUUGAACCAGAGGAGGUGCAAGAGGCCAAGGGAAAUGGCAUGGGCAUGGAAGCGUGAUCGCUGGCUCAAACCCGCGAUGGUCACUGUACCAAUAUCCCAGGCAUCGAAGAGUGUUCUUUCCAUGUUCGACAAAAAGACAAAUAUCAUACAGCCACGUCGAGGAACAGCUUGGAGCUAGCACCAGCCAGCAAACCGGGCAGAAAUUCCAACCACAUUAUCAAAA